AUGGAACAGCCCAAGAUCCGGAACAUCCCCAGCUACGGCAGACGAGGAAUCAUCACUCUCCCCAAUAAAUCACAUCAUGUCAUACAGGAGCCGGACAUGAAAAAGGAAGCUUCUUUCAAUCAAAAGGUGUUCAACUUAUCUCUUGCUCUGUCACAAAGCCGCAUAAAUGAUGCGACGGAGUUGCGCUGCAUGGUGUUGGACCUUGAUGGGUCUGUCAAAGAAUCUGAAACUCGAGGAACUAGGAAUGACCUUGCUAAGCAGUGGGGAUUAGAUGGUCGCGAUCUGCGCAAUGUGGAUCUUGUCUCGGAGGGAAUCCCGCACUUGUUGGUCCGUCCGUCUGUCAUCUUUAUCAGCAUGUUCACUUUACGACUCCUGGUCCGUUCACAUGGAGUACUUCUUUUCCUUCUCCCAAUUGAGGACUGCCACGUGAAAGUGCAGGAUGUCUUUAUGACAGAUCUCCAGAGCAGGCUCCGACCUGGUCCAGGCUCUGGCCUUUUAGCAAAGCUCCCAUUUGAGAUACGUGUAGUGGAUGCAGCGCUUGCCUCUGUCAUUGCCACUCUUGAAGCCGAGCAUGUUCUUAUCCGCCGAGAAGUCGAAGACAGCUUGCGGGAUUCAACAAGAGAAGACGUUGUUUACUCUGUUCUCCGCGGGUUGCAGGAUCACAGGAAAAGGCUCGUGGCCAUUCAGCAGCGUGCCCGCCAGUUCCGCUCGGCGCUACGGGAAAUUCUUGAAAAUGAUGAAGAUAUGGCGACCAUGUUCUUGACGGAUCGGCAGGCAGGUCGACCACAUGAGGUAGAGGAUCACCUAGAAGUGGAAUAUCUCCUCGAGGCAUAUUACAAGAACACAGACGCGAUUGCGGAGUCUGCAAGUGCUUUAGUGGGUGAUUUGGAGCGCACGACGGAAUCUAUUCAGUCCAUCUUGGAUGUGCGACGAAAUCAGAUCCUGGUUUUCGAGGCUCAACUGGAGAUCUGCAUGUUGGGAUUCGCUGUGUCAACCUUUGUGGCGGGCCUGUUUGGAAUGAACGUGGCGAACUUCUUUGAAGAGACUCGAACAACCGCAAUCAUGCCUGAGGAUAACUACGGCAACGAGUACUCUUACAAGAGCUCUGGUGAAAACAGCCAGGGUAAUCACUACUGCUCCCGUGACUACGGCUCCGGGGCAUCGAACUCCAACUCUUACCAUUACUCCAACCAGGAUGGUUCCUACUACUACUCGAACUCCGAUGGCAGCAAGUACUACAACAGCGGCAAGGGCGAUGCUGUGUACACCCCUCCCUCUGCCCCAGCGAACUCGUCUCAGAACUCUGGCAACUCUGGAAAGUCUGGAAAGUAA